AUGCUCGAUUGUGAUGCUCCCUCCGCAGGAAAAGGCAGUGAGGCAGAGGAGCGCGCGGAUUGGCUCAGGGCCACUUUACCGCGGUCCUCUGAGGGAGUUCCCGGGAGGAGAAACCAGGAGCUGCUCACGUCUGCAGCACGACUUCACUCACUAAACUUUCACUGGAAGCUGCUGUGCUGCGCGCUGGAGCCCGGCGGGCUGCGUCUGACCAUUAUGGGCAGCUCUGUCCGUGCGGCUGCUCUUCUGGCCUUCGUGGUUCUGUCUGUCCUAGUGUCUCUGCUGAUCAGCAGUGUGCAGCAGUUCGGGGCUCGGGUCGUGUCCAACGUGACCCGUGUCGAGCAGCAGCAGCUCCCACAGGCGCUGAUUUCUCAACUUUCUGAGAGACGUAAAGAGAUCGUCCCACUGCUGUUUCUCCCCGAGGAUGAGGAGCGCUUCUCCGGGCAGAAUGUGGACUCCACCUGGGACCUCGGAGUGUGGGACCAGCUCUCCUCUGGAGAUGAGCUGGGCUGUGACUCUCUGCUGGACAUGCAGGCACUGGAGGUGCUCGGCUCGGGCUACACUAAACUCGUGGUGAAAGCAAACCUGGCCGGAGGUCUGUCUGUGGCCCUGAAGCUGGUCAAUGAGCAGGGCAUCGACAUGGGCAAGUGCGUGGACGAGUUUAACGAGCCCGACGCGUGUCGCCAACUCGUGGCUUAUAAACUGAAGAAGGAGAUGGUGCUCCUGCGGCGGCUGCAGCAUCCCAACGUGAUCGGGCUGCGGGGGCACUGCGAGGGCCAGCAGGGAGGCCAGGAGGCAGAGGGCCCAGCAGGAGGGAGCAGACUGGCCGUCAUCCUGGAGCAGGGCACUCCGCUGCAGAUGAUCCAGCUGCUGCAGAGCCCCUGGGAGGACCGCUUCAGGGUCUGCCUGGACAUGGUGCGCCUGCUGCACUUCCUGUCCAUCUCCCCUCUGGGCUCCGUGGCGCUGUUGGACUUCCAGCCGCGGCAGUUCGUCCUGGUGUCCGGGAGUCUGAAGCUCACGGACCUGGACGACGUGAGCGCGGAGCCGACCCUCUGUGAAACCAGCGCCGACUGCACCCUGCUCUUCCCCCAACGCAACUUCACCGUCCCGUGUGCGGGCGGCCGCUGCGAGGGCUUCAACCAGAAGAAGAACAUGUACAACGCCUACAGAUACUUCUUCACGUACCUGCUGCCGCACCAGGCCCCGCCCACUCUCACACACCUGGUGGACCACAUCAUGAACUCCACAGGAGAACUGAGGGGGGACAUCAAUGAGACACUCGCGGCUUUUGAAGAGCUCCUGGCCCAGUACCAGUCGGGAGCGCAUCUGGACAACCUGCCGGCGUCGGAACUCUCAGACUUCUCUCUGCUGAGGCAUGUGGGGGCGUCUGGGGGAGAGUACCGCUGCUGGCUCUCCUACAGUGCACAGGGCUGUGUGUUGUCGGUGCACAGCCCACGAGAGGCAGCCCAUAUCUGCAACACUCACUCCCAGUGCUCCACCUUCAGUCUGAGCGGCCAGAGGACGUGGAGCGGGCGUCUCCUGGCCUCUUUCCGGAGCAGCUCGGCUCAGCUCGUUCCCAAUAGCACCUUGGCUAUAUACGUGAAGAAGAGCAUAGUGUCCUCCAGCACCUCCCUUUGA